AGACCCAUCUGUCCGUUCGCACUUGACUUGAACAGUUCUGUCUAACCUCCUCCCAGUACGAGCUGGGUUCGAGUCCUGGCGCUGGCGGAGGGGGAGCAAUAAACUCAAAGUCCCAGAAAUCUCAGCACGGACUUUCCGCAACAGCGCGCUCGCGAACAUGGCAGCGCCGGAGCGCGCGGCGCGGGUUCGAGUGCCCGAUCGAGUCCCGUCGCUGCUCACGGACCUGUACCAGUUCACCAUGGCAUACGGGUACUGGAGCGCGCGGCGGCACGAGGAGCCCGCCGCCUUCGAGCUCUUCUUCCGCUCGAACCCGUUCCAGGGGGGGUUCGCGCUCUUCUGCGGGCUGCGCGAGUGCACGCGCUUCCUGGGGGGGUUUCGCCUCUCCGAGGAAGAGGUGCGGUACCUGCGCUCGGCGCUGCCCCCCGACACCCACCCGGACUUCUUCUCGUACCUGCGCCGGCUCGACUGCAGCGGGGUGACCGUGCGCGCCGUCCCCGAGGGAAGCGCUGCGUUCGCCAGGGUCCCCCUCAUGGAGGUUUCUGGCCCUUUGGCUGUGGUCCAGUUGCUGGAGAGCAGCCUGCUGUGUUUGGUCAACUACGCCAGCCUCGUGUGCACCAACGCGGCCAGGUUCCGCCUGGCCGCGGGUCCCAAACUCCAGCUGUUGGAAAUGGGCCUGCGGAGGGCUCAGGGGCCAGACGGGAGCCUCACCGCCUCACUCUGCGCUUACAUAGGGGGGUUCAAUUUGACCACUAAUGUCCAGGCUGGCUACCUGUUCGGUAUCCCUCUGGCGGGCACCAUAGGGCACUCUUACAUCACUUCCUUUUCUUCGUUGGAGGAGGCGGAGCCUUGUAGGCUCCCUCCUGCCGCUGGCCCCGGACCCCCCGUGGACCUGGUCUCCUUGAGCCGCGCAUCCCUGAGCCGCGUGUGCCACCUGCUGGCCGAGGACAGGGCCAAGGUGCGAGAGGGCGAACUGGCCGCCUUCGUGUCCUACGCCGCCGCGUACCCCAGCAACUUCCUGCCGGUCAUCGACAGCUACAGCAUGGCCAGUGGUCUGCUGAGCUUCUGUGCCGUGGCUCUCUCCCUCUGUGAGCUCGGGUACAAGCCCCGAGGUGUGCGGCUAGACAGCGGGGACCUCUGCAGGCAGUCGGUGGAAGUGCGCCGAGUGUUCCGCACCUGCGCUGAAGGGUUCGGUAAGCCGGACUUCCUGUCCCUCAGCAUCGUGGGGACAAACAACAUCUCAGAGUGCAACCUGGAGGAGCUCAGUGAGACGGAGAACGAGAUUGAUGCCGUCGGGGUUGGAACGCACCUGGUCACGUGCACGCUGCAGCCCUCGCUCGGCUGCGUGUACAAGCUUGUGGAGGUGGCGGGCCGGCCCACCAUGAAGGUAACCGAAGACCCCGAGAAGAGCACGAUGCCUGGGAGGAAGGGCCUCUACCGGCUGCUGGACGCCCGGGGCCACCCCGCGCUGGACCUGUUGUGCGUGCGCGACGAGCCGCCCCCCCGGGAGGGCGUGGAGCUGCGGUGUCAUCUCCUGGGGCAGGAGCGGAAUCCCAUCAGCGUCACCCCAGCCCAUGUGGUGAGCCUGUGGCGGGACGUUUUCGUUCAGGGACAGGUCCUACAGCCCCCGGAGAGUGUGCGGGAGGUCAGAGAGAGGGCACAGCGCUCCCUGGACAUGCUGCACCCCCGCCAUAAGAGGCUGCGCGAUCCUGACGCGUACCCCGUGGCGCUGUCGGACCGGCUCCUCUCGGUGCUCACGGAGCUCAGGAGAGAUGGGAACUAACCAGCGUCCGGCUGAGAGAGCCGACGGACCGGGUGGACCCACGGAUGGGAGCGUGCGGAACGGAACGGGGGGGGGGGGGCGGAGUGUCGCGCCGCCGCCUUCUUCAACUUUUCACUCGGACUAAAAUCACAGUUUUUCUUUCGUGGCAAAGUCGCGAGCUGUUCUGUUAACGGAGGGAUCGUGUCACGGCUCGUAUGACGGGAGCCGUGUCGUCCGCUAACGUCUGCGUUGAACGGAAAGCUAUAACGGUGACUCGUACGAGCCGUUCCGCAGUUCCGAACGGUAACGUCCCGGUCGUCGUGAACGAAAGACUCCUCGUUGCGUAACCAUGAUGAUAAGUUGUAACGAAGGUCGAAAUGUAGCGUCUUUCAGUAAUAUUUGCAGAACGGCGAAAGAAUGUUUCCUCGAUCCUCAGACGUGAAGGAGGAGGUUCGAACGCAGGUCGUCCGCUAGCUUUUGACUGCUUGUCGCUCGCCAGUAAUUCAUAUCUGCUGCUUUUCUAAAACGCCCCUUGCAGCGUUUGACCCGUGGUGCGUUCCGUCCUCCGGGGUCCUGCAGACGUGGGGAACGGGCUUCGAAUAGGUAACCUUCGCAAUGCAAGUCUGUGCGUCCUUAACCGCCGCCCCACCUGCUGGCCCAUCGUCGACCUCGCUCGCUCGCUCACGCGCCAGAGCCUCGAAAGUGCAGCGCCGGCAGGUUCUUUUUGAAACUCUUCUGGGCGAGAUGGUGACUCGCUGAUUCCGAAACACACUUUUCAAAGUUUUUAAAUUUUUUUUUUAUUUAGUCCUAUAAUGAUUAACUGCAUCAACGGUAUACGUGCCCUCACGCUCAUGGAGAAAGGUGCCUCGAGUUCUCUGCGCAGCUAUACCUGCGUGUUCCGUUUCGUCGGGUUUUCAAGCGUCUGACAGAAGCGCGGAACCGCGCGAAACGUUUCGCCGUAAAAAUUCGAUACGUCCUAUGCCGAGAUGACUUUAUUUCUUUUUCUUUUCGUUUCUGUUUUUAAAUUCCUGCUCCGGUGCCAAAAUCGUUGCCAGAGAUGCGAGAUGUUAGCGAGGAGGCAGCGAUUUAGUGCAGGUACCAAAAAGCAGUGCGGAACGGCAGAAAGGCCAACGUGUUCCUGCAGCCAGUCGCCGUUUCAGGUGAUCAGAGCUACCAAGUGGCUUUGUUGUAACGAACUACGAAAACACAGGUUGUCCCAUUAUUAACUAUUAGAAACGAAGCAUGAAAUCGCUGAAUUUUAUUUCCUGUAUCUGAAAAUAUUUCUGCAGACUUUUUGCAUAAACUUGGAAGAUUGACUCUACCUAUAAUGUCCGGGUGAAGAAAUAAAUAUCUGCAUUUCUUACGUCGGACUAGUUUCUUUUCACUGGUUUCGUGUUUGACCAUAAUACUAAUAAUAAUACUAGAAAUAAUUAUUUCUACUGGGAAUGCUGAGUAUUACUCGCAGCACCCUAGCCGAUGAAAAUGUGGCGAUGACCCUCCCUUGCGCUCCGCCUCUGGUCCAACUCCCUCCCACCCCCCGCCCCUCAUUCCAGCAGACGCGGGGUGGGCCGCGCGUACCUCCGAUCGGCCUCUCUGUGACCGGUAGCCAGGGGUCCCGCACACGCCCAGCCUGACCAUGUGGAGCCGAUUAGGCAUUUCUGCACGGUGAUGUCAAACACCAGCCCGCCUCCCUCACACACACACAGCUGGAUGUGGUAAAGGAGAAGUAUGCAGGCUUAAAUGCGC